GGUCACACCGCAAGACGCUUCGCCAUUUUAAAAAUCAAAAAUCAGACGCUUUGCCGGAAAACUCAGCAUCACGAUUCAAUUCUAACCGGACACUUCAGUUUGACCAGCCCCACGCUUCACAGCAGUCACCAUGCAGCGCCACAAGGCACUGUACAAGGAACAAUCGCUGGUGCUAAGUCCGCGCAACCACUGCCAGGAGAACAGAGAUCGGUUGCAAGCCGCGCGCGCCAAGAAACGGGACGAUUGUUUUUACCAAAACCGCAUCAUCAGUGUGAGUCCCACGCCUGUCAAAGUGAAGCCAUUGGUGGCUGGCCCAGCGGUUCUGCCCCAGGAGAAUGUGGCCCCCAAACUGGAAAUUCAGGAGCAGCUGCAGCUGGACAAGAAGCAUACCGAACAGCCGCAGGAAUCCAAGCCCAAGGCCUCCCGCCAGAAACUCUAUUUACAACGCUACAUGGAGUGGAAGACAGCCAAGAGCAAAGAGCAUGAGCAGCACGACCAGACGCGUCGAGGGGCAGCCAUCAAUGCCCCGACCGUACAUCAAUCAAAGGUCUUACCUAAAUCUCAAACAUUUCGGGCUCCCGAAAACUUGGUUUCUGCAAAACAGAAGGAGGCUGCUCCCGUGUUUCACCCAUCCAAGAGGUGUUCUCUCUACGUGAUUGCCAAUCCCACUGGCAAGGGAAAAUCAAAUGAACCGCAGAGGCCUUCAAUACCCAAGCCAUCGUCUGUCGCCAAAGUGGCAGCUGCUCCAUCAAAACCCGUGGCUGCUGCUGCCGCGUUCGCCAGGCAAAAAUCGGCUGCUUCGGCAACAAAAAUAGUGCCUCCAAGCCGUCAGACCAACAAUCCAGUGGCUUUGGCCAGGCAAAAAGCAGCUGCGCGGCCCCUUCCCAGCACAACGACGCAAACGUCUAGCUUGAGGCCUAGGCAUCCUGUGAUUGAAGCGAAGAGGAUUACAACCAUACCCAGACCCACCCCAGCGACAGUCAACAAAGCGAAAGCGGCUAGCGUACGGCAACAGCACCCAGUGGUCAGCACAAAGCCCAGAUUACCUGCGCCGGCGGCACCACGGACAGCAAGACUGUCCAGUGUGCAGUCCCAGCCUUUCGAGAAACCUUUGGCAAACAUGGCACCAGUGGCACGUCGUGCGAAUGUAGUAAAACCGCAGCCUAUUCGGGGUGGAGGUGGUGCCGCGGCCAAAUUUAAGGACACAGCUGGAGCUACCAGCAAGGCAGCAAGCCACUCCAUGCUGAUGAAGGCCAUCAAGCCAAAGAGCCAGUACACGAGGCUUCAGGAAAACGUACGAAAGCUUCCUCAGCUCAAAGCUGAGUUACUGCAGGCGGCGACAUUAGAUAUACCGCCUGUCACGCCGCUUGAGAUCCAUAAUUCGUUUAUAGACCAGGCCACAUCAACGCAGUGCAAAUCCAACAAUAGCAGCGUUCAUCUUGUGAAGACUUUUGGCGACAGCAUCUCGUUGAGCCCGGUGGCACCGGUCAGAGCUGAUAGAGAAAAUUCGGCCAAAAGGCAGUUGCUGCCGGCGGAUAAGAAGGAGGCGUCAGUUCCGGUGGCAAAGAAGAAGUUCGACUUUACGCGUUACUCUGUGGCUAAUUCGCCGGCGGAAGACUCGCUCAUCUUGGAUCCUCAGCAGACGACUAUAAAAGAAGCCAGCGGAGACUCCACUUUGGUGCCAGAGGAGGCAAAGACACCGCCACGUCGCGAAUCCAAUGGAAUGCCCAAUUAUCUCAGUCCAUUUGUAAGUGUCUCGCGGGGUAAGGUGAACUCGCGCUGUGAGAAGGAGAAACGGAAUAGCUUCUACCUGCCCAAUGAGGAAUCGCCCUUGGAAGUUCGCCGUGCCGUCGAAUCUGUUCUGUAUUUCCGACUGCAGCUGGAAAACGAGGUCACGCGCCUCCAAGGCCUUUGCGCUGAAUGGGAGGCGUACAGCAGGGAAAAUGAGGCACGGUUGCAGGAAACGGGCGGCAUUGACAUGAUCAACGUGACCAUUGGCCAGACACGUCUGUUAACCACUAAAAAGAUGAUGCAGUUCAGCAGCCUGAUCGAUCGUUGCGAAGCUGGCGCGACCGGGAAGAAUCGCCAGCCAAACGACGGCAGUGAGGACUCAAAACCGGUGCAGGCUGAGGAUCUUGAGGGCUGGUGGGACAUGUUGCGGCUGCAGAGCGAAAACGUGGACAAGCGUUUCGAUAACCUGAAGCGUUGGAAGGCCAACGACUGGCUGGAUCCGGAUGCAGUGGCCGAGGAACCCAAGCAGGCGAAGCCAAAGCCCAAGAUAAGUUGCAACAUGAAGAUCAAAGCGAAGGCCAAGCCCAGCAGCAAUUUGAAGCAGUUCCUCCGCAAAGCCCAUGCCAACAUGAAGAAGACCAAGGUGGAAGAGCCAGCGUUGGAGGAUGCCAAGCCCUCCACGUCCUCGCGACACAGUUCGCCUCGUGUAAUCGUAGUUCGCAAUCGCAGAUCUUUUUCGCCUGCCCGCACAGUGCUCCGCAUGUCCACCGGCGAGGGUCGUCAGUCGAUUGCGCCAAAUGCGCUCCUCAAAUCAGCGAUCCUCGCGGCCGCAGAGCAAAACGCUGCCAAGACGCCGCCUCCCAAGCCGCGAGCUUCCAUCCUUAAGACGCCCGGGACCACAAAACGCCAGAACCGUGGUGUGCUCUUCAGCGCCAAGAAAAGCGUACGGCGAUUCCAGUUCACCUACGAAGAGGGCAACAUUAGCAACGACGAGACGGUGGGCGCCGACAAACUGGAGGACUGCGAAGAAGACAUGUCGCUGGAGGCAUCCACGGAACGCAGAUCCCUGGAGCAGAAUCCCGGAACGGGUCAGGAGAAUGGGGGAACUCCUCGCACGUACACGUUGCGCAACCGGCGUGUGAAUCUGCGUCCCUCCUCCGAGUUUAUGUAGUGUUGUCCGUGGAGAGUCGUAUUCCGAUGUAGAAUUGUUUAUACUUUUAUCUUAAUAUUUUAUUGCGGAUGCCAUUAGGUGUUAAUUGUUUAAGAUGUUAAAAUUUACUAUUGGCGUUUUAAAUAUUCGUCGUUAGUGUUUUGUGAAAAUGGAAUAUUAUUUUAUUUUUGAUUAUCUACAUUAACUUAAAUAUAUCGUAAACUUAGUUGAAGAAAUAAAUGAGAGAAGAAUAAAUAAA